AUGGCAGUCCUGAUCUACAUCGGUAGCUUGGAUGUACCCAGGCCCAACAGCCGCGUGGAGAUUGUGGCAGCCAUGAGAAGGAUUCGGUAUGAAUUCAAAGCCAAGAACAUUAAGAAGAAGAAAGUGAGCAUCAUUGUGUCCGUGGACGGGGUGAAGGUGAUUCUGCGCAAGAAGCAGAAGAGAAAGGAGUGGACCUGGGACGAGAGUAAGAUGGUUGUGAUGCACGAUCCUGUGUACAGAAUCUUCUACGUGUCUCACGACUCACAAGACCUGAAAAUAUUUAGUUACAUUGCAAGGGAUGGCGCUAACAACUCCUUCAGGUGCAACGUCUUCAAAUCAAAGAAGAAGGGGGGCGGCAGCGGCGGCAGCAGCCGUGGCCUCCGCAGGGCUGAGCAGCAUGGGUUUGCUCCGCAGAGCCAGGCGAUGCGGGUGGUGCGCACGGUGGGGCAGGCCUUCGAGGUGUGCCACAAGCUGAGCCUGCAGCAUGCCCUGCAGAACGCCGACGGGCAGGCGGACGGCGCCAGCGACAAGUCGGCAGAGGAGCAGCCGCUGGAAGUUCACCAGAUAAAGGGUUCCAAGAUCACGGAUGCGGACGAGGUUGGCAUCGACUCUGACGGCAUCUGUGUGUCCGAGAGGGGACCCGGAGAGCUGCCCGCUGCCAGGGAGGACCUUGGCGUGCUGAAACCUGGGCAAGCCUCAAAGGAUAAGAACUGCCAGGUAACACGGGUUGACCGCUCCUUGCAAAACCUGUCCCUGGCUCAGUCCCUCUCCCUGAACCUGAAGAACCACUACAGCCUGGACGUCCACCUGCCGUCCACCUCCACCCCCGCCAGCAUCCUGGGCAGCCCUGUGGCCCCCGGCUCGCUGCCAGCCCUGGGCCCCGGGGACUCCUACCUCAACCUCAUCAGCCUGGAGAGGGAAGGCCACCGCUACAGCAGCAAGGAGGGGGACGAGUGCCUGGCUGUGCUGGAGGGGCAGGACGGGCUCAGCCGGCGUGUGGAGGGCUCCGAGGUCAGCGAGUUUGCUCUGCUCAACGGGAGCAGCCGGCAGAAGGUGGAUGACACAGACAGAGGGGACGAGGACAGGCGGCAGCAGCCCAUUCCCAAGCUCAACCCGCCACCGCCCAUCCUACGCAAAAGGUCGAGCAAGACCUCCCCGAGCCUGGAAGUAGAGGUGAAGCCUGAGAGCACUGCCCACAUGAGCUUGCCCAGCCCCAGCAUCUCCAGCCUCACCAGCAUCGCUGCCAGCUCACUCACCCUCUUGGACCCUGAGGCAAGGACUCCCAUGCGGAGCGUUGCCUCCGGCACGGAGCCUGUCCCUGCCAGGACCUGCCAGCGUGCUCUGGGCAAGGACAGGACUGGAGAGAGCGGGCGGAUGUCCCCCCUGGCCAGCAUCCGCGACCCUGCAGCCAGCGAGGCCCUGGCCAAGGACUUGGCCACCCUGGCCAGCCCCACGGACAGCACGCUGCCCUUCUCCCCUGCGGACGACACCUGCUUGCACAUCAGCUUCUCAGAAGAUGAGCUGCUUGAACCAGAGCUGGACGCUGCCGUGGGGCCCCCCAGGGUCCCCUCUUAGUGGGACCACAGUAGGUGGCAGCUGGCUGGCAGGCAGUCCAAGCAGCUC